AGUAUGGAAAAUUUUGACAAGUCUAGUAAAGCGAAAAAUUCCCACCAUCUCUAAUGUAUUCACUUAGAAGACACAAAAUAAACCUUAAAUUCCACCAAUAAAUACUCCAUCGAUCACCAUUACAAAUGCUAAUAUUACCAUCAAAAUAAACACUCUUAAGAAUUAAUUUCAAGAAAAAAUUCCCUCCCUCCGGCCACACGCCGUGAUGAAGUACAUCGAAAUAUCGGACACGGGCCACGCGCACAACCUCAAGUUCGAGUACGCGGAGGCGCCGUUCAAAUGCGACGGGUGCAAGGAGGCGGGCAUCGGGUCGCGCUACAAGUGCGGCAGCGGCGCGUGUGAGUUUGAGUUGCACACGCAUUGCGGCAUGCCGUCGCCGACCAUCACGCACCCUUUCUACCACAAGUGCUCGUUCCAGUUCAUGAGACGGCCGCCGGGGGCCGUGGCGCGUUACUGCAACGCGUGCGAGAAGGACGUGGCGGGGUUCGUUUACCACUGCAGGCUGUGCGGCUUCGACCUCCACCCUUGCUGCGCCAAGCUGCCCAUGAUGAUCGAUGACGGCGAGAUCAAAUUGUACUUGUACAAGAAAGUCAGCGCCGCCUGUCACAGGUGCGGGAGAAAGGGGAGGAGCUGGAGCUACAGAUCAUCGUGCAAGAAGUAUAACCUACACGUGGCGUGCGUGAAGGAGAUGCUGGUUGACAGCUGGCAUGAGAUAUACUACACCGAAAGCAGCAGAUCAAAGCUGAAGGGCGGGAUCCCCAGCUUGCGUUUCGCCCUGCAAGCACACAAUCACAAGAAAAGCAGGAAAGGAAAAGUAGAGAAAUGCUGUGAGGUGGCUGGUUUGGCGUUGCAGUUUGUGAUAUCUGCCGUUCUAGGCGAUCCCACCACCCUCAUUGUUGCGCUUGUAGGAAACUUGAUGUCCAAAUAGUCUGCCACAGUAGUUAAAAGAAUAAGUUGAUGUUAAUUAACUGGUUAGAGGGCUUAAUUAUGCACAAAUGUCAUGAUUAAUUUGUGGGGUUAUCCAUCCUCCACUACCUUUGUACUUGUUUGUACAGAUUUAAGUUACUUGAUGCAUUAUAUUGGUCA